ACACUACAACAUGACGCCAUUUGCAAGAUUGGCGUUUCUAGCAUUCAUCGCGUAUGCGGCGGCCCAGUACAAUGAGGACCGCGCCCCUCGAUACAUAGCCACUGAGCCUAAAGAAGUCUCCACGCCUGUGCCCAUACUGAAACAGAUAAACAGACACAACGAAGACGGCUCCUACACUUAUGGCUAUGAAGCCGCCGAUGGAUCCUUCAAGAUCGAGACUAAAUCGCAAGCAGGUGAUGUGAAGGGCAAAUAUGGAUACAAGGACGACACUGGCAAGCUACGAGUGAUUGAGUACGGCGCCAACAAAUACGGAUUCCAGCCAGCCGGCGAGGGCAUCACCGUUGCGCCUCCAACCCUCGUCGACGAGUCGACCAGGGACGAGGGACUCAGACCCGGGAAGUCGCAGGGAGGUCGAUCACAGUACCGAGCCCCGGCUCCACAACCAGACUAUGACUACGAGGAACCCGCGCCUGCACCGCCCCCGCGACCCCGUCCCCAACCGCAACCACAACCCCAGUACCGCGCCCCCGCCCCUCGUCCACAACCCCAGCCACAACAACAAUACAGACCGGCCCCGCAACCUCAGCAACAGUACAGACCGAACCCCCAACCACAACAGCAAUACCGGCCUGAACAAUCUGCUGCCCCGACUCCACCUAAGCCGGCGUUCUUCUCUGGUGCUGCCCCGGCGCCUGUAGAGAACAACUUCUUCGAACCCGAGCCAGCGCCCAGACCGCGCCCGAAGCAGGAUUUCAGACCAGCCCCUCAGUUCCAGUCCUUCGCUCCAGCCCAGGACUUCGCUCCUUCACCGCCACAACAACAACGCUAUACCACAGCCAACCAGUUCCCUCAGCAGAAGAGCCAGCCGUACUCCAUGCUGGACCAGCUCUUGAAAGAAUACUCUUUGCCUCAGGGUGGCGCUGCGCCCCUCCACGACAUCACCUUCGGAUCCUAUUAGUCUAUUAGGAAUGUUGUAAAUAUGUAAUGUAUUGUAAUUAAAGAAAUUAAAUUGAGUUCGUU